GUAAACCUUUGUUGAUUGCGUGAAGUUGUGUUUUCACCACAGGACGUAAUUUCGGCCGUGUGUAUAGUGACUGUGGAUUGUUUUGGAUUUCUUUUCACGAAUGUAACUGCCGUAAACUUAAGAUGCAUGCAGAAUUCUUUCGUUAAAUGUGCAUAUCCGAAGAAGGUGAGGCCAAAGGCGGGACGCUGUUUUCUAUAUCCCGCCGGGUGCCGUCGCCAAAUUUUCAGAAGAAUGUGACUGUGUGAAGUGCUCAUACGUUUCGUGUGCUAUAGGCUAGACCUGAGUUUAUUUCAGAGUGAGAGUGUAUUACUUUCGUUUUAUAAACCCUCAUGAUGAAGGAUAACGAGGCGGUAUCGCAGGCGACGUGGGCCAAUUGGAUCUUGGAGGCAAUCCGAAAGAUCCGUAGCCAGAAACAAAGGCCGUCGGUAGAGAGAAUUUCCCAUGCAAUUAGGCAGCAUCAUAGUUAUCCGGAGGAAGUUAUUGCCGAAAAUUUAGAGCUCGCAGUUAAGGAGGGUACAGUGUUAAAAGUUUUUAACAAGGGCCAGAGUUCGUACAAAGAUCCUGGCGGAGUACAGAACAGGCAGCUGCUUGUUACCAAAGGAACAGAUUUAACGAAAGUAGUGGUAAAAGCAACGAGAGAAUUAAAUGAAAGAGAGGGCUCUACGCUUAAAAGCAUUGAAAAGUACAUUCGCCAGUCUCAUGCCGUUAACAUUACGUCUGAUGAUGUAGACUUCCGUGCAUUAUUGCGCAUUUCAUUGAAGCGUGCCGUGGCUCGGGGACUUCUUUCGCAGGAUGGCAGAUUAUUUCGGCCUGCUACGUACGGUCCUGGUGGAAUUCCAAAACGUUAUGCCGAUGGAUCGCCUCCCAAGCAGCGCAGGGCACCAAGUCCAGAACCAAAGCCUUCGGCGCCACUGCCCAUUUGUGGGGAAUGCUUGGGCACGGCGUCGCGCAACAAGAACGGCCGUGCGGAGGAACUGCGCAAGUGUGCCGGCUGCGGGAGCUCGGUGCACCUGUCGUGCCUGGCGCAGGAGCUGGCCACCGUGCUGUCGGCGGGCUCCACGUGGCACUGCGAAGAGUGCCGCACCUGCGCCGGCUGCGCCCAGCCCAAGGACCAGCUCUGCCUUGUGAGUUGCUGCUCUUGUGAGCGGAGCUAUCAUGCUGAGUGUUUGGACCCUCCUUCGGAGAGACGCCCAAAAAGCCCUUGGCGAUGUAGGCACUGCCUUGCUCAGCAACAGCAGCAGCAACCGGAACAAAAUCAGGAACAGCAAGUGCAGCACCACACUAUUAAGAAGCCACGCAAGAUUGAUGUUGCCAGCAGUGUUAUAAAGAAGUACUCCAAAGUCAGAGAAAAAACAAGAGACAUAAAAAAUUACAGGUUAUUGGCAGGUGUUCGGGCCACGAAAGAACCUGCUGCAAGUACUGCAACCCCCAGCAAGAAAGGAAAACGUGUAUCUGAUCAGUCUCCCGCUAACGACUCGAGCUCUGGCUCAGAGGAGGAAGUUGUUCCUGAACCUAAGACACUUCCUCCAGGUGUUACACAGAAGGAUGUGACAUUAUACAAAGAAACUCGUGAAAAAGCAAAUUCAGCAACACCAGCGGUAUUACCUAAUGUGGAUGCACCAGCCACAUCUAGUGGAGUAGUUUCUCCUUCAACAGCAGCAGCCCAGCAGAGGUGCCCUGCUGCUAUUGAAUUUGGCCAGUAUGAGAUACAGACCUGGUAUUCCUCACCGUACCCGCAGGAAUACGCCAGAUUACCAAAACUCUUCCUCUGUGAGUUUUGCCUUAAAUACACGAAGAGCAAGGCUGUGUUGGAAAGGCAUCAAGAUAAGUGUACUUGGAGACAUCCUCCAGCGACAGAAAUCUACCGUCACAAAGAUCUCUCUGUUUUUGAGGUGGAUGGAAAUGUGAACAAAAUCUACUGUCAAAACCUCUGUCUCUUGGCAAAGCUGUUCCUGGAUCACAAAACUCUUUACUAUGAUGUGGAGCCAUUUCUGUUUUAUGUGUUAACCAAAAACGACAAAAAGGGAUGCCACCUUGUAGGUUACUUCUCAAAGGAAAAGCAUUGUCAGCAGAAGUACAAUGUAUCGUGCAUAAUGACAAUGCCACAGUACCAAAGGCAAGGCUAUGGAAGAUUCCUCAUCCAUUUUAGUUACCUCCUGUCAAAGCAAGAGGGUCAACCUGGCACUCCAGAAAAACCAUUGUCAGAUUUGGGUCGUGUCUCUUACCAUGCGUACUGGAAGUCGAUAGUACUGGAGUAUCUGGAUCAACAUCGUAAUGAGCCAUUUUCUGUAGAUGCUGUUUGCCAGGAAACGGGAGUUUAUAGUCAUGACGUGGCAGCAACUCUACAAAUGCUCGGGAUGGUCAGACGCUGUCCUGAUGGCCGUCUCAUACUUGCUAUUGACUGGGCUCAAGUUGAUACCCACGCAUCACGUGUUCGUGCCUCCCGUACCCGCAUACCUCUGGAUCCAGAGUGCCUUCGGUGGACUCCUCUUGUUGCAACAGUUCCCACCAGGGAUGAUGACAAAGAGGAUGAUACAGAAUCUAAAGGGGAGAACAAUGACAGUCAGGAGGACAUAGCCAAAAGUGAGAAUGAAGAGGCUAUUGAGAAGAACACAGUUGUUGCAGAUAUGAAGGAACAGGAGACUUGUAAUCCACAGCAAAGUAAAGAUGAUCUGAAAACUAACGAAGUGAAAGAGGAGCUCCAACAGAGUCAAAGUCAGCGAGGCAGGAAACGGAAGACCCAAGUUCGCUUUAGCCCAAGCCCGACACCAGCUCCCACUCCAGCAACUACUACAUUAGAAACGAGUAACAGUGCCGAAAAUGAUAAUAUCAAUAAAACACCUAUUGUGCAGAAACGAAAAGUCGGAAGGCCACCUAAAAAGAAGUUAAUAGUUGACGCAGAAGUAAAAGUUCCUGAUGUUCGGCCACAGCCAUUUCUUGAAGUGCGAGCUGGGAAAAGAAAACGAUCAGGUUUUGAAGCAGUGACUGAUAAAAGUGGUUUAGAUGAAGAACCAGAUAGAAAAAAACUGAAAGUCGAGAAUGUUUUAAAGGCCAGCAGGCUAUUGGUUCUAAAGACAGAGACUGCUGCAACUGAGGAGGCUGCAAAAAGCCCACCUGCCAAGGCAAGCACCCAGACCCAUUCAGACAGUGGUUCUAAUAAAAAUAAAAGUAGUAGGCUGCUUGUUGAAGAAAGCCCUACAAAAUCUAGGUCAAAUGGUAGGCCAAAUCAGGUGGAAGAGAUUAUUCCUAAACAGAAAGCAAAUACAAGACAGAAUUCAGGAGAUGAUUUACUUGUAAAGCAAAAAAGCUGUUCAAAAUUAAAUCAGGUUGCUGAACCUUCAGUAAAAGAAACUCACAGUUCAAAAUCACCGGAUGACUAUUCAAAAACAAAAACUCCUUGUAAACCUUCUACAACUGACGAGAGUACUUUAAAAGGAAAAUUCAGUGCAAGACUUAGUCAUAAAGAAGAAUUAUCUACAAAAUCAAAAUUAAAUAGCAAGAUCAAGACAGAUGUUUCUCAUGGCAAAAGCAAACUGGGCUUGAGGCAGCAACCACAACAGAUAGGAAGGGCUGCUGGGGCUGCAUCUAUGAAGCUGAAAAGCAGACGGUCAGAGUUUGAUACACCUCUUCGAAAUCCUGGAAGGCGUAGAAUAUUAUCAGAAGAAACCAAGGAUGUGCAGAGUAAUACAGUUCCUCAGACACAGAAAGAAGAUAGACUGAGAAAGGAACCAAGUGAAACACCUCCAGGGCCAUUGCCGAGAGGCCGGAGAAAGUCACAAGCUCUACAAAAUUCUGUUGAAAAGGUGGAGCCAAAAAGAGAGAGAUGGUCACAGCGAAGGGAAAAGAGACUGCGCCUAGAAGAAGCUUCAAAGAGCACCUCAGAAGAUGUUGAAGACUGUCCGAUGCCUGAAUUGAAACCUGAAGUCCAAUUGGAAGGUGUAGGAGUGUUAAGGGAAACAGCAGUACCUCCUCCAUUGUCACCACCCCCUCUGCACCAGCAGCUAAGUACUGAUCUCCCUGAGAGAACCAAGAGGGCUGUGCAUUCCGGUGAAAAGAAGAAACGAGGGUGGAAAAAAGGCCGGCCCCGCCGUAAUCAUGUACCAGAACCAAAGUCUCCCAAACCACCGAAGUUAAAGAAGAAGCGUUUAAUGAAGCGUUAUACUGGGGAGGCAUCGGUGUCAUCAGUGAAGUUAAAUGAUUCUGAGAAGAAAAAUACAAAUGCUGUGAUAAUUUCUGAAUCUCAAGUUGAAGAAGGAAAAACUUGUGACAAAGAAGAGAAUGUGGAUGCUAUAAAUAAAUCUGAAGUUCCAGAUACAGACCCUGAAGUUUCAGAACCUAAAGAACAAGAAUUGGAACGAAGUUCUGAAGAAGAUAAGGGAAACAUUACCAACAUUGUCAGUGAGCAGGAAAAGGCUGAUGAAGUUGAACCUGUGAAGGAUAUUGUUGAAGAGAAGGAACAGAGUGAAGCACCUCUGUUGGAAGAAAAAACAGAGGAGGAAACAGUAAAUCCCUCCCUUCAAAAGAAUGAAGAGGAAAGUGCGAAAGAGCUCUUGACAACAGUUGAAAAAGAGCCCGUAGCAGAGGAACAGAGAGAGAAUGUAAAAUCGCCAAGUGUGGAGCUGGUUGAACAAGAUACUGAAAAGUUCUCAGCUCAAGAGUCCAAAGAUGAGCCUAAGUCUAGUGCAGAAAUUGAUGAACCACCGCCUGUUCCUUGUUCAAAAUUGGCCUCUGAACCUGAGAAAGAAGAUGUAAUACUUCUUGAAACAAAUGAGGAGGAGGAAGAUAAAGAAACUGACAUGCAGCCUAUUCAGGUGAAGACAGAUCUAGAUGAAGUGGAUCUUACUAAAAGUGAUGAAAAACAUCAUGAUCAUUAUGAGGAGGGUGAUAAUGCAAGCAUCACAGAAAAUAAUGAUGUUGAUGCUGUUAUGUUAGUUGAAUGUAGUGAUAACAAGGAGAAUAUGAGUGAUAAAUCACAGGAUUGCUGCAGUGUUUCAGGUGCUCCCUCAAAAAAUGAACCUGUGGAAGGUAAUGAGCUGGAUGAUAGAAAUGAACCAUCACAUAAUGAAGCAAGUUCACAGGUUGAUACAUUAAAAGACACUGAGAGCAAAACACCUGGUUCACCUCAAGCUGUUAUAAUAUUAGAGGAGAAAGAACUUAAUUCAAUGUCAACUCAGACGCAUUCCAGUUCACUUGGUAAUAUUAUGGAUGACAGUAGUGAUGGCUCCAAUUGUGGUACUGUUGAAGUCAGUCAGUCGUCGACCAUGCUCAGUAAUGAAAUGAGCCAACAAGACCAAGCUGACAGUGGUGCACCGUCCGGUGAUGACAAACAGUCAUCACAACAGUGUGAAGUUGUUGAAAUACCUAGUGGCAAUACAACACCUCGUUUAGAUAAUAGUGUUGAGACCAUUCAACCAGCAACACCUCUUAAUCCGGGAUCUGUAAAACACACACCACCAACACCUUCGCAGCCGGAAAUACCUAGUAUGGGAGUCUAUACUCCAGAUUCAACAACAAACUCUGUGCAUUCUCUUCAUGGGUAUGGUCAGUGUGAUCUUGACGUCAGUCAGUUGGGGUUAGAAUCUCCUACUUCUAUAUCUUCAAAUGAUAUGACAGCACAGAACUCUGUUGAGACUCCAAGACCCCCUUCAGUUCUUCCUCAGACGACCAGUCACACAACACAAACUUCAUGCCAGCAGACAUAUUCUGAGUGUAUACAGCACCAUAUGCAACAGCUCCAUCACCAGCAGCAGCAGCAGCUAGUGCCUACUUCCUUAGGCCAGCAGCAACAUUUGGCAAUCCAUAUUCCCAUAUCACAACAUCAACAAACUCAGCAUACUAUUCAGGUGCAGCAGCCUCAAGCUAAGACUCAGCGACAGAUGCAACAUCACCGCACUAAGUCCAGUACUGGCACACAGCAUAAACAUUCAAGCAAUCCAGUACAAACACAGAGGUCUACUCCACCAUCUGUGCAGCAGCAGACUCAACAACCACCACCACAACAGCAGCAGCAGCAGCACAAUCCCACACUUCAGCAGCAGCAUGCAGCUCUCCAGCAACAACAAUCCAGGCAAAGAUCUACACCACCAUCAGUGCACCAUAUGGCAAGCACAUUAUCGCAAGCAGCUCAGCAACAGCCUCCACCACAGCAGUUAUCACUGCAAGCAAUUCAUCAAACAACUUACCACCCACAUCAUCACAACAUCAUAUCAUCCCAAGCGAACUACAUUAGUGUGCCACAAAUGGCAGUGAGUUCUCAGGCCUUCCAGCCAAGUGCAGCUGGUACUUUUGUAAGCAUGCCAAUGACAACAGUGAUCCAGCAUCGUGUUGCUGCUGCAGCCCAGCAAGGUGCUGGAGUUGCUGCUCAUCGCACGGCUCCUGCCUGUUCCGUUACAGCUCCUGCUAAUUUCACUACAAAUUUCUAUGUGCAGACACCAGCUGCCCAUCCGCAUUCUCACACCCCUGCACCUGUUCCUGCACCCACACCUACACCUGCGCCAACUCCUGCACCAACACCCACACCACAGGCAGCCCCGCCAUCUGGUGGUGGGCAAGGUAAUGCUGCUUCUUCGUGUAGCCUUGCAAAGUUGCAGCAACUGACUAAUGGUCUGGAGGCUAUACCACAGAAUGCCUGUGGUACCAUGACUCCUCCUCCACCAGUUGACCUGACACCACCUCCUCCCGUCCCAUCUGCUCAUCAUCCACAUGCAGCCAUGACUCCACCACCUGCAGCGACUCACCAGAUGAUGCAGCAGCAAGCUGUAAGGAAUCUGCCAACACCACCUGCUGCAGUUCCCAAUAUACAAACACAAAUGACACUUGCUGCUGCUAAUUAUUACAAGUACCACCAAUCUAAUGUGAACGUGAGCAAUUUGGGGGCUGCUGUGGCACCACCUGUUGCAACAACUGGAGGUCGCACAUCUCGAACUCCUGCUGGCACUGGUGUCGCAACAGUGCAACAGAUGCAAGCUGCUCCUGCCAGAGUUAGUCCCAAUGUCACAAUAAAUCCUAAUUUGGUAGCAGCAGCUGGUUAUGGAACUUUAAAUGGUUAUCGAAUGGCAGCUCAGCAGACACCUGGAACUGUUGCAGGUUAUAUAACAAAUACAGCAGCUGCAGGUUUUAUCAACCAGGCACAAAUUCCUAUGCAAAUGGGUGUGAUGAAUAUGGCUCAGACGCAGUAUCAGGAUCCUGCAGCUAUUCAGAGGGCUGCGCAGCAAAAUACUAUGUACACUACAUAUGGCUAUAUAAAUGGCAGCAUAAUGCAGCCACUUAACGGGACUAUGCGUCGGUAGGACCAGUAGUUUGGCAUGGCAUUUUCAAGUUAAAUUUUGGUUGGAUUCUCAUUGCCAUGCACAACAUUUAAAAGGACAGUCAUGUAAAGUGAAAUUGUAAAUAAUGUAAUAUUGUUACACUGGUAUUGUACAUUGUAUUAUGUCCACAGCAGUAUGGAGUUGCCCUUCUGUAAUAUUUGAUCUCUCUCUCUCUCUCUCUCUCUCUCUCUCUCUCUCUCUCUCUCUCUUGUGUGUGUGUGUGUGUGUGUGUGUGUGUGUGUGUGAAAAACAUUUAAGUGUGCAGUGCAAUGCAUGGUAGCUGUUGUGCACUUACUGACAGUUACAUCAGACCUGUUUCCUGUUUAUGUUAUUAAACACUUUACUUGUAUUCUUAAUGCUAAAGUGUUUUCUCCCACCCGCUCCUCUCCCCUUGUUAUAUCACUAAUUCUUGAAAUUAUCAUAUGCCUAAAAAUUAUUAUUUUGUCAGUACAUAGCUCUUGAAUGAGACAGAUUGCAGCAAGUAUCACCAGAGAAUAAUUAUACUGGCUCAUAUUACAGUUUUAGUGUAAGUUUCAAUCAUUAAGAAUCAUAAUUGAGUCUAUUGUAUCGUCAUUUCAUUUCCAACAAAGGACGAUCAUUCCAGGCAGAGAUCUAAUAAAUACCCUGCCAAUACAGUAAGUGGCUACUGCUGUUUGUUCAGACAUCCAUUGUGUUUAAACUACUAGAAGAAAAAAAGUAAUAGAGAGAUCUGUUGUGGAAGGUUUUGUAGUGAAUACGUAUCCCAUUAUUGAUGUGAUAUUUUUGGUCCAAAUUGUAGAAAUUGUUAUACUCUAAUUUUGUAGCUUGAAAAAUCCUGCAUUUUUUGCAGUUUUCCAUAAAAAUAUUUUGAAUAUAAGAAACUCAGAAAUUGAAGAUAAUGACCAUUCGGUGAUACAGACUGGAACAGAGCAGGAGUCUAUUCCACAAAAUGACUGAAAUAGGUUAGAAAAUGUUGCUACAGUUUGCUUUAUAAUCAUAACUGGAAAAAACACAAACAGUUAUUUGUGAAAGGAAUUGUAGGCUAUUUCUUCCGUUUUUUAGUUCUUAGGUUAUAUUAUUACUGCCUUUUCGUUGGUGUAUACUGCACAAAAAAAAUUAAAAAAAAUAGUAUAAUUACUGAAUUGCUACUCGUCUCUCCCCAAAGAAUGUCGCUUCUUUGUCUUGUUUUGCUUUCUGUCCUGAAUAUUUAUGUAGUUAACUUAAAAAUAGAAGAAUAAUUCUCAGGGUACGGCUAAUGUAUACAAAGGCUGUGACGAGCAUAUCGCGAUAGAAUUGUGCAUUAAGCAAAUGAUCCUGAGGACCUGUCAUGCAGUGUAGUUUUUGAACAGUGUGGAAACCUGUUCUAUCAAGAAGCAAACACAUUGUUUCUUUUGUGUUGUGUUAAUACAGUUGUCAUUUAAGACUAAAUGAUCACAGUAAUUGCCUCGAGAGGAUUUCUUUUGUGCUGUUGUCAGUGUAAUCUGCCACCUCUCCCCCCCCCCACCCCCCACCACUACCACCACCACCACCACCACCACCACCACCCUUGUGACCCACACUUUGCCAAGGUUUGUUAUAUACAGACCACGUUAUAUUCUGUUGACAGCUUUCACAUAACUGAAGUUCCAAGUCGCCAGAAAGAUUAUUACUGUCUUUGUAACAGUAAACACUGUUGUAUAUGUUUCUUCAGAUUCAUGGAAUGUUCUGUACCUAAAUAAAGUGAUAGUUAUUCUGACAUAAAUAGAUAGAAUCUCAGCAAACUUGUUCACGAAUUGUCUGAGUUUCUAUUUUGUAUGUACUGGUGGAAAAGGAAUAAAACAAAAUGGUAACUGGCAACACACACAAAUUCCACUUCUUCCUGUGAUCAUCAAUAAUCUUCUAUGUAAUUGCCAGAAUUGAAUUUUUCCCUUAACUGUGAUCAAGUUUUUCAUUUGUUUUCCAUUGUUUAUUCAAUUAUUUGGUUGUAAAUGUUGUCAGUGGGAUGUAAUUUUGAAAAUAAAAUUGGAAUUGCUACUUAAAUCACAACCAGAGAGACAGCAUCCCAUUGAUUUCAAUAAAUGGGUUGAAAGGAAGGCUUUAUUCAUUUGAUUUAACAACACACAGUGAUAUCUGCUUAACAUAGUUAUAUAUUCUGUAUGGUUUUUAUUCUUAGAAUGUUGACACUACCAGAGCUUCUGUGGACUGAGAAUACAGUUGAUAGUAGAAAAUUGUGGCAUUGAUGAUUUCAUUUUGAAUGUCAGUCUCAUGACACAUUCAGCUGAAAAUAUGUAAAGCAUAUACUCAACUGAAAAAUGGACCUCUGGUUAAUGAAUAUAUUACUAACACACAAACAUUUCCUGAAUUGCGUUCCUUUUGUUAUAAAUUCAUGUAACUUAUAACAUAGGCAGUGCACAUUACUGCAAUGUGUUUUGUCUGCUUGGACUUUGUACUUUAUGCUUUAGUGGUUACUUAAGAGGAGGAGAAGUCUCUUGGUUUUUUCUCAUGACACUGUUACACAUUACUUUCUUUCACAUUUGUAGAGUCAGUUGGUUGGCUGUAUUUAGAAGCAUUCACAAUGUUGUCAGGAUGUUCUAUGCAGAGUUUAAAAGUGCUAUUAAUGGCUGUGUGUGGAUAAAAUUGCCAUUUAAUUGGGAAGAUGGAUAUGUGGUGCAGUGUUUUACGACUUUUGUAAUCAGGGUUACUUUCUUAAACAUGUGCUAUAGUGCGUAGCAUAUGUACAAGAAGUAAAUUAAGACUUUGUGGUUGACAUCAUGAUCAGCUACUCUUUUAAUAAUCAACAUAUUGAUUGCAGUAUCCAUACUGUGGCAAGAGUAGGCACACGGUAGGUUAGGAAACAUGCUAACAAGAUUGUAUAAUAUUUUCUAUGCUUGAAUCUUCGUUUUCUAUUCAGGUUGUAUAUUAAAGAGUUUUAUGCCUUUUAAAUCAACACGUGUGUGCUAUAUAUCUGUACCAACAAUGACUUCUGGCUAAUGUAUUUAUCUGUGUGCAUGUGCAGUUCAAAAAAUAGACUGUUGAGCAGCCAUAAACAUUGUUUUUGUUGCUAAGGUAAAUAUGUUAAAUAUUUAUGUUUGUCACCUGAAGACUUCAAAUUUUUUUAGAUGAUAGUUUUUACUAUCAGCUAAACUACUGCAUAAAUCUGUACAUUAAAUGUUGCAGUGUUAGGUUUUUAAUGUAAUUUUAUAAUCAUUGUAAAUAAACACUGUUCUGCUGUUCUUAUCUGGGAGCAGUAAUCCAUUAAGACUGUGAUUAGUGAUACUUUUAUGAGCAAUUGUUGUUUAAUGAUGUAUAUUGUGUUCCAUAUUGAUGACUGUAUUUUGAGGAUGUCAAUAAGAGAAGUGUGAUCAUUGUACAAAUUCUGGUAUGUGUUGUGCAACUGAUAUGAAUGGAAUGUGAUAUUCUGAGUGGAUGCUGUUUUGCGUGAAAGGACAAAUGAGAAUGUAAAAUGAAACAAAAAAGAAAUUGAAAAAUUGGUAGCUCACAUGGUACAAAUUUUCUGCUUUGUGAAUGUUUUUAUCUGUAUAAAGUGAAUGAUUUGUUUUAAGACAUUUCCUUUAUUCUGUAAUGUGUGAACUGACAAUUUCUUCGACUAUCCUGUUGAAGAACUAUAUUAAUAAAAUGUGUUGUGUAAGGCACUCAACAUAAUAUAAUUUAAAGAGAGACUAAGAGGUGUUGACUAUUUGUUAGCUUUUGUUGACAUUUAUUGACUGAAAGAGGGCUGUUUUGAAGAUAAAUGCGAGUCAUUGGUCUGUCCCUGCUGUCUAGGGUUAUGUUUUCUAGAACAUCUGGGAAGGACUUGAUGCUGUCCUUAGUUCUAGAUUUAUAGAGCAAGAAAUCACUGAUAAAAUAGCUUGUUGUGCUAUGUGUAAUAUUUAUAUGGGUAAAAGUGAUAUUAGGUAUACAAAAAGUAUUUGGCUGUAAGCUAUAUUUAUCUAAGUUUUUGUCUCUAUAUGUACAUUUCUUAUAAUAAUUAUUUUUAUGAAAACAAUAUUAAAAGAGAACUAAACAAUAAAUCUUAGUGAUUCUUUUUAAUGUACAUACUCUGUGUAAUGCUAAGGUAGGGACAUCACAAAUACAUGUAAUAAAGAUUAGAAGCCCUGCCUUGUGGCACAAAUUUGUGAAAAUGUUCUUCAUAGCUGCUCAUGUUAGUGAGGCUGUAUAUACGCUGAAUGAUUAAAAGCUGUUAAUACAUU